AUGGUAGAACUAAACAAAGUGAGCCAUAUACGCUACAUUGCGUCCUUAGAUGCGAAAAAGGAUGAUUACGAGUACUGGUUAACCGAGCACUUGCGAUUGAACGGAGUUUAUUGGGGCCUUACAGCGCUUUGUAUGCUUGAUGCGAAGGAUACAUUUGAUAGGACGGAAAUGAUUACGUUUGUACGCAGUUGCUGGGAUGCAAAAGCAGGUGCAUUUGGUGCGUUUCCUGGUCAUGAUGCACAUGUUUUGACGACUCUCUCUGGUAUCCAAAUUUUAUCUAUAUACGAUGCGCUAGAGGUGCUUCGAGAGUUGCCGGAGGGCGACAAAAACGAGGAUAUGAGAACGCAAUGCAUAGCAUUUUUGAGGUCAAACCAGCUGCCGGACGGUUCGUUUCAAGGGGACCGUUUUGGAGAGAUUGAUACGAGGUUUGUUUAUGCUGCGCUAAACGCGCUGUCGAUUUUGGGAGAACUCACACCCGAGGUCGUUGAUCCGGCUGUGGAUUUCAUCCAGCGGUGCUACAACUUUGACGGUGGAUUUGGAUUGUCACCAGGAGCGGAAAGCCACGCGGCAAUGUCUCUGACGUGCAUUGCGGCCUUAGCUGUUGUCAACAGAUUGGACGUUUUAACUCCUCAACAAAUCGAAGAUAUUGGAUGGUGGCUGUGUGAGAGGCAGGUUCCUGAAGGGGGGCUGAAUGGCCGCCCUAGUAAGCAACCUGAUGUCUGUUACAGCUGGUGGGUUCUCUCAUCCUUGGCAAUCAUAGGUAAACGCGACUGGAUCGACUUCGACAAACUUCGAGAGUUCAUACUGCGCUCACAAGAUGAUAAGAAGGGCGGAAUUAGCGACCGACCGGGAAACGAGGUGGACGUCUUCCACACUUGUUUUGGCGUGACGGGUCUCAGCUUGAUGGGCAAGGACGGUUUGGCCGAAAUAGAUCCCGUUUACUGCAUGCCAGUGUCUGUUACAAGAAAGUUUAAGAGGUACCCAUAUUGA